GGUCUGUAGUUAUAGUCUAACCCAACUUAAUCAUAACAUACAUCAGAAAUGGUAUACACUCGGUGGAAAUGUGAUCGUAUUCCAAUUUUUACGUUGAAGCUCUUUACUCAAGAGUAUCCCAUUCAAACUUUUGUUGGCUUUUUGUCGAUGGUGUUUCUUUGGAAGCAUGCUAAUUACUGUUCAGAGGAGACGGAACGGAAAAAAGGCUGGUGGGCUGGUUAUCCGUAUUGGCGUGAUCCGAUUGCUCGACGUAAUGAAAUCAAAUAUAAACAGAUUAUCAACAAUAAUAAUGUUGAUAUUACUGAUCCAAAGUGGACUGGCUCAUCUAGAGAGGAGCUUGAGCGCCUCAAGAUUAUCGUCUAAGGUAGGAAAGGUUGGCUUCACCAGAAGGUCGUGCUAUUUUCACUUAGUUAUAAUUAGCAAGGAUGCGUGUGAGUAGUAUAAUUCUAGUGUUUCAUUUUUUUUUCGAUUUUUUAGACUUCAAAUAUCUGAUCAUGAACAAAAGAUCUUGAAUCUGGUGCUUUACGUGUUCAAAAUAUGUCUGCCCCAUCACAAACCUUUUGGAGAUCCUUUUUUAUUCACACCUAUUUUUCAUUUCGUGUUUGUUUACUACUUCGGAAAGAUGAAAGGGGUGUUAGAAUCGCCUGAUGAACAAUCUCAAGAGUGAUGAUGUCUCUUAGAAAGUAUA